AUGAGAGGGGAUGAGGAGGAGGUACCAAUCAUCCAGACCCCCCCCCCCCCCCAACAUCAACAUGCAGCAGAUCUGAAUAAUGAAGAUGCCACUAUAACUCCUGGAGAUGAUACCAACUUUGCCCCUUCCAAGAUCAGAUGGGAGACUAUCAAUCAUGAUCACACUACCCCCCUUGUAUCCUGGCUUGCUGUGCAUUCACCUGACUGUCAUGUACUCUUCUCAGACAACAAAAAGCAACAUGACAUGAUGAUUAGCACUAAUCAUCCUUCUGGCAGGAGUAAAGCUGAACUCUACCUUGUAAUUGCCAAGCAUAUAUUUGCCAAUGACCCAGUAUAUGGGCCCCAGUAUGCUGUAGAAGAGAAUAAGCCAAAGUUUGGACAAGCUGUUGCCAAUUGCCUCACAUAUCUCAGGGAGAAGUAUAAGGCUGUGAUUGCUUGGUUUGGGAUGACUGGCACUAGUGUCAACCCUCUUGACCCUCAGGCUAAAGUAAAUCUCUGA